UCACUGUAUGUUUGUGUGCGCGCUCCCUGGUUAUAUAAGCCACCAUCACAAGGGUAAAAGUCUGGAGAGGAGCACAAGUGUCGAUCCUAGAAAGGAAUAGAAGAGACAGACGACUGCACUUGCUUUCACUUGGCUGUCCUGCCUUCUCUGUAUGAGCUGUAAUCAUGGCCAGAAACCUUCUGAAGAAUCCCAGUGGGGAAGAACAGCUGGAAUUCUGGGAACUGACGGAGAACGGUGGAAACCAGUGGACGGUGGAAGACAUGCCAGGAGACUGUGGCCACGACUUCUGCAGUGAUGGAGUGACCAAGUACUUUGCGACCUCAUUUGAGCUGUGUCUGAAGAGACAGGUGAUCGACUUGAUGGCAGAAGGUUACUCCAGUGAGCAGCUUGACGCUCAGCCUGUCGUCAACGUGGAAGACUGGUACUGUGGGAGGACAGACUGCGGCUGCACCUACCAAAUGACUGUGUCUCUGCUGGAUGAGAAUCACGAGGUCAUGCAGGAGUUUAAACCUGAGCCGGUGAUUCUCGAACCCGACAGUGACGACUGCUCGUGGAGAAAGAUCAGCAAUUCAUUUUCUGAGUAUGGCCCAGGACUGCGCCACAUCUCCUUUGAACAUGGAGGACAAGACGCCAAGUUCUGGAACGGCUGGUUUGGAGUGCGGGUCACUGGGAGCUCUGUUACUAUUGAAGUCUAAUUGGAAAGAAAAAGAAGAGAGGGAGGAGAAGGGAAAUAAAGAAAACGCUGAAAGAUAAAGAGGGAAGAGAGGCAGGGGGAUAUAUUAGGGUACAGACUAGAGUGGGGGGUUCAAGGGUUCAACAGGACCAGCUUUGCCUAAUACACCUACUGUAGCUUUCACCACUACACAGUGGCUUCAGAGAUUAUUCAGACCCCUUAACAUUUGAUUGUUUUGUAGAUUCAAUUUUAAACCAUUUUAUGUUUUUGCAAAUCAUACAUUCCUGCAAAUAAAAAAAACUGAAAUGCCUCAUUUGCUAAAGUAGUCAGGCCCUUUGCUGUGACACUAAGUACUGUGAUCAGGUGCAGCUUUCAUUUACCUCUACUAGUGUCCAGACAUUGAAUGCACCUGUGGAUAAACUUAAUUGACUGGAUAUACUGUAAAUUGGAACAGCACAUGUGUGUCUAUAAGGUCCCACAACUCACAGUGCGUUUCAGAACAAAAACGAGUCAAUUCAUAUGAACUCUCUGUAGACCUCCAGUAAACAUAUGGCGGCGGUUUGAGUGUUUCCAGCAGCACACUGACCACAAUAAUUGUGAAAUAUGGGAGAACCUGGUGGUAGUGUCAUGUUUUGGAGGUGGUUCUUAGCAGCAGGGACACAGAGACUGGUCAGAAUAGAGGGAAUUUCACUUUUCAACACAACAAUGCCCUGGGGGCAUGUCACCAAGACAACACAAGGGAUUCAGGACACAUCUCAGACUGUGGCCUGGAUAAAGUCCAAACUCAAACCCCAUAGAACCUUUGUGGAGAGUUUAAGACGUUAGUUCACACACUUACUCUUCAAUCUGAUGGAGCCUCAGAGGAUCUGCAGAGAAGAAAGGAAUAAACAGCCCUAAAACCAUCUGUACAUAGCACUUCCAACAAAUUUGAGGUUGCAAUUGCUGCUAAAGGAUCUUCUUAAAACAUGAUCUCAUUAUAUCACUGUGGAUCAUCGAGUGUAGAAUGAUGGGUAAACAUUCAUUUUAUUAGUUUAGCAGAGUGAAAGGUCUGAAACUCUCUUAAUCCACCUUAUGUCGCUGCUUGUGCAGUGGAACCAUGCAGCUGCUAUGAAGACUUUAGUUAUUAAUCUAUGACGAUGAAUCACCAGAGAACACCGUCAUGGUGGCAGCUUGGCUUUACUUACCUUAAAACUACUGCUUACAAAAUAGUCAUGAAUCCUGAUCUAUAACUGAACUACUACCUCUGCACGGUGACAUGUGCUGGGGCUUAACAAACAUGACUGAUCGUUGUAAUCAGUCAAAUAUGAAUAAAAUAAUGAAAUAAA